CAGAGCCAUACCAUACGCGAAGCCGAGUGCGAGAAAGAGAGAACCAGAAAGAAAAAUUUUGGAGCGAAUCCAUUUCCAUAAUUCCAAGUUCUUACGGUGAAGCUUGAAAAUGUCAUGGCAAACGUACGUCGACGAUCACCUCAUGUGUGAGAUCGAAGGCAACCAUCUCACCUCCGCCGCCAUCAUCGGACACGACGGCAGUGUCUGGGCCCAGAGCUCCUCCUUCCCUACGUUUAAGCCGGAUGAGAUUUCGGCUAUCAUGAAGGAUUUGGAUGAGCCUGGAUCUCUUGCCCUGACUGGAUUACAUCUUGGUGGCACAAAAUACAUGGUUAUCCAGGGAGAGCCUGGAUCUGUUGUUCGUGGGAAAAAGGGCGCUGGUGGGAUCACUGUGAAGAAAACUGAGAAGGCUCUGAUUAUUGGUAUAUAUGAUGAACCUUUGACUCCAGGCCAAUGCAACAUGGUCGUUGAAAGGUUGGGAGACUACCUGAUCGAACAGGGUUUGUAGGCCUUGGCUCCUCAAUUUUACAGUUCCAUUCACAAAUUUUGAUUUUGGUUUGAUUUAAUUCCUUAUCGUUGUUUGUUUUGUUCUUCCAUUCAUUCUAUUUGAUUCCAUAUUUAUCAGCGGUGUACUUGGUUUCAAUUUUGAGUUUAUCUUGCAAAUGGAAAAUCACUCUCCCGUUAGAAUUCAAAUGGAAAAUACUUGGCUCCGUAACGAAAGAUCUUGUCCUCAUCAUCGUUAAAUGUACACAAAAACAAACAUUAUUUGUUGAAUAGAUGUUGUUUUCCAUUUAAUUUUCUCCUCCUCCCUCCCAUUCAAUCAUUUUAUUUCUGUCAUAGAACACCCAAAUUUCUGAUAAGAAUGGAAUUGGAAGCUUAUUGAUGAAGUGAACACUCAAUCUUCCUGGAGAGAAGGGAAAACCUGUGUAAAUG